AUGAAAAGAACAACAGCAUCGAGACUAGGAACAGGUGAAGUCCGGCUGCUGACUGGCGGGUACUCGGACAAGUCCUGCCCAGGAAAAUCUAUUGCAGUUGGGGAUGACCCAUUGGAAAACCCGUUGCUACUGUUGACAAUAUCAAGGGCCUUUCUAAACUAUCAAUUUCCUGAUGUUGCAAAGGAUAAUCCUCACUUCUUUCUGGCACAAGCUGGAGCAUGUCGUACCGGGGCAAGCAGAUCAAAAGAAAUUCCAAGGAAAGUGCUCGUGAUCAGAAAAGCCAAGGAAGAAAGGCAUGAUCUCGACAGGAAAGAUGUACUCAGAGAAGACUCGACCAGGGCCCGUAAGAGAAUGAGGUUGACGAGAAAAAAGCAGACCAUUUUUAAUAACGCGGCUCGUUGUUCGCGGGACACCGUGAGAUGCCUUUCGAACUUUGAUAGGUACGAAAGAGCUGAGGGUAUGACUAUGUACAUGCUCACGAAAACAAUUACGUUAGGCAGGAACUGGAAUAUUAUGGUGACUACCCAGCUCGAGCUCUGGAGCCAAGUCAGCCACAUCUGGGCAUUAUCUAUUGCCUCAGCAUUGAUAAUCCUGGCAGAACUCUUGAUGGCGCUGAUCACAGCAAGAGGAGAACUGAAGAACAAGAGCAUCAAAAGAAGACAUGUGUUGACAAGGACCCUUCGUAAUUUUAGGGAAAAUUUCGAAGAUCCCAAGUGGUUCCAGUAUAUGUCGCUGGCCAAUGGAGCUCGUUCGACUUUCCACUGGUUUCUCUGUAGCUGCAACUCCAUUAGAGAGAAGAACCUCCCAAUUCGCCUCCACCCCUUGCCCGUCCUUCCUUGUAAGCUGCCAUCUCCAUCUCCAGAUCGGCCCUCAACUCUUGCAGCUUCCUCAGUCUUUCCUCAUCCGAGAAACCUAGUUCGUGUAAAGCUCUGUACCACAAAUCCUUCAUCCUUCUCAAGAGAAAACGAAACCGACCCCAAAACCCUGCAUCCUGUCCUCCAUCUUCGAUAUCCUCGAUCUCAUCUACCAAUCCCUUUGAUUCAAUUUUCUCAACCAUCUUUGAGAUACUCUCCCGCACUUUCACCAGCUCCGUAG